ACCGAUCCUCUCCAGAGUCCGUGAUUAAAGGUAGAAGAUCAAAACAGAAAAAAUAUUCAAUUAGGUCUCCUGCAUCAAUGUUGACGGUUCGCUCAUAAUGCUCAACAGAUGUGAGAGCCUUUUAAGACUUGUAUUGCUUUCCUCCCUCAGUGACAGUCAAAGAUAUUGAUUAAAAAAAGAACGAAGGAAAACAAAUAGAAUAUAAUAUGUUUUUUUUUUCCAUUUAAAUGUGAGUCCUCAUGGAAACAUCACAUGGUGCAUCGCUGACCUGAAAGCCAGCUUUGCUAAUGAGAAGUGAAGGUGCUCCGACUGUCCCGGCGUGCGACGCAGCCCCCGCCUCUCUGAUCUCCGCUUCAAUGCGUGCUUUAUCCUGCGAUCUCCAACAUCACAAAGCUGAAGGACUUCCUGUUGCAGCACAGGAAGGAUUAUGUGAACGCCGACAGCCUCGUCUCCUCCAGUGUGUCACGGAUGACGGACACAGAGCGGGACCAGAUCGACCAGGACGCGCAGAUCUUCAUGCGGACGUGCUCGGACGCUAUCAAGCAGCUCCGAGCAGAGGCUGAGAAGAACGUCAUCUCCACCCAGGUGAAGGAACACAGGGGAGCCAUUCUGAACCUGAUUGAGGAGUACCUGAAAGGUAUAUGCAAGCUGUACUCAGAGCAGAGAGCAAUCCGAGUGAAGAGAGUUGUGGACAGGAAGAGGCUAUCACGCUUGGAGCCCGAGCAGCACAGCAGGAGCAGCAUGCAGCAGAGCCCCGUCACAGAGAAGACAGAGGAGGAGAAGGAGCCGAUGGAGGAGACCAGCGAAAAGGUAUUGUCAGAGGUUGCGGAGGACAGUGUCAGCACCUGGGAGGAGGCCAAAGUGGAGGACGAGUUGUCACCAGAGGAAAUUCAGAUGUUUGAACAGGAGAACCAGAGACUAGUUAGCGAGAUGAGCAACCUGGUGGAUGAAGUAAGAAAGAUCGAGGGCAAAGUGGUGGAGAUCUCUCGGCUCCAGGAGAUUUUUGCUGAAAAGGUCCUGCAGCAGGAAACGGAGAUAGAUAACAUCCACCAGCUUGUUGUAGGAGCCACAGAAAAUGUCAAAGAAGGGAAUGAGGACAUUAGAGAGGCCAUCAAGAACAAUGCCGGGUUCCGUGUGUGGAUCCUCUUCUUCCUCGUCAUGUGCUCCUUCUCACUGCUCUUCCUGGACUGGUAUGACAGCUAGCCUAUCAUGAGCAGCACCACAGCACAUGGAUGCCCUGGCAGUCUGGUGCCACGACAGUAGGCCAUUGGUUGAAGCUCCACUCUGUUUACCAUACCCACCCAUAAAGGAAGUCUAGUCCUUGACAUCUUGGCUUUUCCUGUCCUGGCCUCUCCUUGUCCUCCUCCUCUUCAUUACAGGAAAAGCAUAACCUAUCAGGGAGUCUGUAUUAUGUUAUUUCGUCUCUGAUUCCAUGCUCUGCUUCACACUAAGAUGAGAUUGUCGGUCCGUGGGGAUGACUGACUCUACAUAAAGGGUGCCUUGAUGGUGUCAUGUUAACUGUAACGUCCUUUUUACCUGAGCUGCAUGGGGAGCCUCUCAAUAAUGUUCAGCCAGGCUGGCAUAGCGCUUCACACUUUGGGAAUAAAUGUGUCUGAUUUA